AUGGAAGAACUUACAGCUUUUGUCUCCAAGUCGUUUGAUCAGAAAGUGAAAGAGAAAAAGGAACUGAUCACAUACAGGGAGGUUUUGGAGAGUGGACCUGUCAGAGGAGGCAAGGAGUCAGGCGGCUCUAGCGAGCCCAGCCGGGAAGACGUGAGCAGCCCCGCGGUCCGAGCAGGAGGAGUAGGCGGCGGCGGCGGAGGAGGCGGAGCGCGGUCUCCAGUCAGAGAGCUGGACAUGGGCACCGCCGAGAGAGCCAGGGACACGGGCACUCCCAAACUCAGCGAGGUCUCCCCAGAGCUGAAGGAUCGCAAAGAGGAUGCGAAAGUGAUGGAGGACGAAGGGCAGACUAAAAUCAAGCAGAGGAGAAGCCGGACCAAUUUCACUCUGGAGCAGCUGAACGAGCUGGAGAGGCUUUUCGAUGAGACACACUAUCCGGACGCCUUCAUGCGGGAGGAGCUGAGCCAGAGGCUGGGAUUGUCCGAGGCCAGAGUACAGGUCUGGUUUCAAAACAGAAGAGCUAAAUGUAGAAAACAAGAAAAUCAACUUCAUAAAGGGGUUCUUAUAGGAGCAGCCAGUCAAUUUGAAGCUUGCAGAGUUGCACCAUAUGUCAAUGUAGGCGCUUUGAGGAUGCCAUUUCAGCAGGAUAGUCAUUGCAACGUGACGCCCUUGUCCUUUCAGGUUCAGGCCCAGCUGCAGUUGGACAGCGCCGUGGCACACGCACAUCACCACCUCCACCCACACCUGGCCGCUCACGCCCCCUACAUGAUGUUCCCUGCGCCGCCCUUCGGCCUGCCAUUGGCCACACUGGCCGCGGAAUCCGCCUCGGCAGCUUCGGUGGUGGCAGCAGCGGCGGCAGCCAAGACCACCAGCAAGAACUCCAGCAUCGCUGACCUCAGACUGAAAGCCAAAAAGCACGCGGCUGCUUUAGGGCUGUGA